AUGGACCUGGACGAUCUGCUGCAGGAGCAGCUGGGCUUCAACCCGGCGCGCAGCAUGGCGCAGCAGAAGGCGCAGCAACAACAGCAGCAACAGGCGCCCUCCCCGCGCCCCAAGACAGGGCCGGCUGGCGUACCCCUGCCGUCCCCUCGCCCGCCGCUGUCAGCAUCCGCAAGCCCCAUGCGCGGUGCCGCAGCGGCGACGUCGGCACCCGCGUCCCGGAACGGCUCCACCGGGUCUCUGGCGGGCUUGGACGACCCAUUCGCGUCACUUGUGGGCGGCAUGUCCAAGCCUCAGCCCAUGGCCUCUGGCAGGGCGCCGCAGCCGACCCCCUCGCCCCCGGCGCGCCCGUCGCCGCUCAGCAGCGCAAACAACACGCCGCCGCGCCCGCCGGCGCCGACGGCAGCGGCGCCGCGUGGGCCGGCGUUUGCCGCGCCGCCCAGCCAGGUAUCUUUCGACCUUGAUUCUCUGUUUGGAGGGCCCCCCAAGCCCGCGACUCAUGCAGCAGCAGCAGCAGGUUCUCCGGCCGUGGCCACUUUGAGCGACGACCCGUUUGCGGCUUUUGACAGUGUCGACGGCGCAGCGGCGCCAGUCCCAGCGGCGGCCCCAGCGCCCGCCGACGAUUUCGGGAGCUCCGCGCCGGGUCCCCGGCCACAGUCGUCUGGCGGCGGCGGCGGCGUGCGCGCCACCAGCGAGGGGCUUGGGCAAUCGUCCUUUGUUGAUGGCGCGGCCGCGGCAGCGGCUGCUGCAGAUGUCGUGGCGGCAGCGGACCGCCGGGAGGAGGACGAACGGGCCCAGCGCGAGGAGGAGCGGCGGCGGCGGCAGCAGCAGCUUGUGCGGGAACAGCAAGCACAGCUGGAGCGACAGGCACAGCUGGAGCGACAGCAGGAGUUGGAGCGGCAGCGGGAGCGGGAGCGGGAGCAGGAGCGGGAGCGGGAGCGGCAGCAGCAACAGCAGGCGUCAUGGCCCAACACCCGCCCUUCCGAGUUUGAGCCGCAGCGGCAGCGGCCGAGGCCGCAUGACCCUUCCGCAGAACAGCAGCAAUGGCAGCAGCACCAGCAGCAACCGGCGCCCUACCCCGACGGGCUCGAUUACGGCAGCGAUAACAGCGGCGGCGGCAAGGGCUGGGGCGGCAUGCUCCGCGGCCUGUCAAAGCAGGCUGCGGAGCUCGGGAAGAAGGGCCUGCAGGCGGCGCAAAAGGGGCUGCACCAGCUCGAGUCCGCCCUCGAAAAGGUCGAGCCCCACGGCCGCGCGGGCUCGUCCGGCGGCGGCGGCGGCGGCGGCGGCGGCCGGGCGCAGCACGAGUGGGAGGACGGCGGCGGCGCGGCCGUGUCGCAUGAGGAGGUGCUGAGCUACGCGAUCCAGAUCAGCGAGAUCCCGAGCAACAGGCAGGAGCAGGCGCUCGCAUGCCUGCCACGCGCAGUGCGCAUGCAGGUGCAGAUGAUGCUGCGGGACCAAGCGGUGGCGGAAGGAGAAAAGGCACUCGCAGGCAGCGGCAGCGGCAGCGGCAGCGGCGGCGGCGCGGCAGGCGCGCCGUGGCGCGGCAGCGGGGGGGUGAUCCGUACGCACGAGAUAGACACCUCUGGCGGCGGCGGGCACUCCAGCGACGAGGAGGACUUUUACAGCCGGCACCCUGCUGCGUCGCAGAGGCAGGCCCAGCAGCAGCAGCAGCAGCAGCAGCAGCAGCAGCAGCAGCAGCAGCAGCAGCAGCAACAGCAGCAGGUCGCCGCAGCCUCGCCGUCGCCGAGCGCCGCGCGCACGCAGCCAAGCGCUUUGCAGCGGCGCCCGUCGCCGGCGCACUCGCAGCAGGCGUCGCCGGGGGGCGCCGCCGGCGCGCAGGCAGUGAAGGCGGCGCUUUCUGCCAGCCACGGGGACCUGUUGGACUUGGGGGGCGGCGCCGCGCCUGCGACCGGGGCAUCCGCAGCCGCGGCAUCCCCUUCAAAGCCGGCAGCGGCGGCGGCGGCGGCGGCGCCGGGGGUGGGCGAGGACUUGCUGGGCUUUGGCGGCGGCCCGGCCCCUGCUGCGCCGGCGGCCAAGGCGCCUGCGCCCGCAGUGGUUGACGUUUCUGACGCCGACGACUUCUUUUCGGGCGGCAGCGGCGGCGCCGCGGCGGCGGCGGGGCCGCAGCAGCAGCGGCAGCAUCAGCAACAGCAGCAGCAGCGGCAGCGGCCGGCGGCGGCGGCGGCGCGGCCAAAGGCGGCCGGGCUGGGGGCGCUGGACGCGCUACUUGACGUCAGCGGCGUCGACGUCACCGGCCACGCGGACCUGUAUGAUGGUGACGAGGGCGGCGGCGGCGACGAGCCCGAGCUGCGCAAGCAGCUGCGGGCGGCGCGCAUCGCGGAGAAGCACGGCAAGAUGAAGGCCGCGCUGGCGGAGCAGCAGGCGAAGGAGGCGGAGGAGGCGCAGCGCCGCGGCGCGCAGCAGGGCUUCAAGGCGGCGCACCGCGAGCGCGUUGACGCGUGGAAGAACAAGAACAAGGGAAACGUGCGGGGGCUGCUGGGCAGCCUGCAGAACGUGUUGUGGGAGAACAGCGGGUGGAAGCCCCUGGGGAUGGGGGACCUCCUGGAGCCAAACCAGGGACUGCAGGGGCGGCGGUGA